GCGGCGCUUCUGUACCAUUGUCGCUCGGCAACACAGCACAUAUACGCGAGAUCAACGCAUUCUUGUUGGACGACGAUAAAUAUCUGAAACCAGAAGAGGACAGAUCGGCGAUCAAAACGGAAGUUCUUCAUCUUGGAGAAAAGGCUGUAACAACUAGGGACGAAGCAAGCUCUGACUACGUCCAGCUGCUCCGUCGUGAAGAAGCCUCUUCAAACAAGAAAGAAGACCUCAUCGUGGAGAAAAGUAGUAAUCCACAUAACGCUGAAACUGCGCUUGUCCGCAACAGAAAUGCAGAUAUCGGUAUUAAAAACUUUAAAACUGAUAGUACACGUUUGUUCUUGAGUGACUUGUGGCGUGACCAGUCGAUUAGGAACGGCACAUAGUCAGCACUUAUAAGCGAGGCACUUAGCCGUGGCCUCUAGUCACCACUUAAGAGAAGCACUUAGAAUCACUACUCAGAAGAAGCACUUAGUCACCACUUAAGCGAAGCACUUAGUCACCACUUGAGGGAAGCACUUAGAGUCACUACUUAGGGGAAGCACUUAGUCACCACUUAAGAGAAGCACUUAGUCACCACUUAAGAGAAGCACUUAGAGUCACUACUUAAGAGAAGCACUUAGUCACCACUUAAGAGAAGCACUUAGUCACCGCUUAGCCGAGGUUUUUAGUCACCACUUAACCGAGGUUCUUAGUCAUCGCUUAACUGCUGCACUUAACAACCGCCACUAAAAUUCGCUACUUUCUAUUUUCCGCCACACUUUCUUUCCCCUAUGAAGAGGCAUCACCCACCAUCACCACUCAGUGGCAACGGCUUCAUCAUCGUCGGACGGCCCAACACCGGGAUCGGCACAAGAAAGUCAUAUAUGGUGGGAGCGUUGGCAAAUAUUAAGGGUAGGUUAAAGGUGCUUUUGUUACCGUUUGUUAUGCUUAUGGCUCUCCUAAGGGGGACAGCCAUAACAAGCGGGAUAAACGAACACCAAAAGCCUACCUCUAAAAAUAGACGAUGAUACAAGCAGCCACUCAGUCUCCAAUCCUAGGAAGCGAGAAAUCCUUCGGUUUGGUGUAUUCUACCUCUACGAUGUGGAGGACGAUAUACGAGCGGACGAGUGCAGCGCCUAUGUUGCUCAUCUCUCGCUCUUUCAUGACGAAGCACAGACGAAAAUUGUAUUUCCGUCGAUGGGCGGCAAUGAUGGAAUGUUGAGUUUGGAACCUAACGCUAACGAAGGAGGAGUAGUAGUGGAUGAUGAUAAUGCUUCUACCAGAGGACGAGUACGAAGAAAAACAAAUAAUACCGGUGAAGAAUCAGAACAAGUAGCUGCUAAUGGCUCGUCUAUUAAACAGCCCAGAAGCAGAACCUCACAAGCCUUGCAAGUCGAAUUCUUAACCCUCGCAGAGAGUACUUUUUUCCUCCACGCUGAUGCGGAAAACCACGUACAACCUUCCACUGCUCUGAUCCGACAGUUGCUUGCUGCGUUGGUAUUGGAACGUUCUUGGGUGUGGCAGGCUCGGAGGCUCUUUCCUGUGCAAAAAGAGCAUUGGCAAGCGAUUGAACAGGAGAGAAGGAGGCAUAGUGUCAUGGUAGAUUCUAAUGUAGACGACUCUACUUCUGGAAACGAGCUUCCAUCACCAUUAUUCUUAAGGCUUGGGAGUUGACCUAUCAUCUAAGGGCGUCUCUAUGUCUUCUUCAAGUAGGAAAGCCACAGAUAUGCGAGCUAGAGAUGCCAAGUUUCAACCCCUAAUAUUCAAGUAUCAUGGCGAUGUCGAGGAUGAUUCUACAUUGCUUAGGGAGAUGGUAAACGUUCGGGAGCAGAGAAGUGCUGACCAUGUUGGUGGAUUUGUGCUUGACGGUGAUCUGGUUAUGACAUUUUCCUCUGCUGAAGAUGAUUUGUGAUGAUUUGUGACGGUUACAGUGCUUUAGUACGUAGACAAGAUGAAUUUGAAUUGCUCAAUCUUCAAUCAACCACCUUAGGAAAGAAAAAUGAAAAAUGACCUCCCAGCAUCUGCAGCGGACCAGCUUGAGACAUUGCAAGAUACAUAAUGACUUUUUUCUCAUGAAGAGAGAGAGUUUCUUGAAUUCUAAGGCCAAUGAAAUUGUUUGAUGCCUUCAUUUUUACGACAACGCUUUCCUUCAUCCUUCUUUUGGUGGACUAUCGUUAUACAUAGAUUAUGUAACCACGUCUGUGUCCUCUCUUUACGUUUUCUUUUAUUUCUUCCUCACCGUCACUCACCACCAAAAGGCUCGUCAUCUAAUUCCAUCCCAGUACUAUUUUUCACGCAGAAUUUCAUCAACUAUGCGGAUAGCAAACGCUUACUCGAAGGCAACGUCUGGCAGCGUUUCUACACAGAACUCUUUGGUGCUUCUCUCCCGAUUAAUGAUUAAGGGUAGGUUCUUAAAGGGGUUUUUGUUUUUGAAACCGUUCGCUUUGCCUUUCUGAAGGAGGAAAUGCAUAGGGGUACACGAACACCAAAAGCCUACCUCUAAAAUGAGGAAGACCUGAAGUUCUACUGUUGCGCGCAUUUCGCAGUACCUAAGCGUGCGGUCUUGCGACGAACCGCUAGUUUCUACCAAAAGUUCCUGCGGUAUAUGACAAGCUACGAGUCCUUCACGGACUUUAUAGGAGUCAGUCUUGGGAAAGACGUAACUAGGAGAAGAGGAAGACCUCGACGUAGUAAACAAAUAGCGGGUCCUCUUGAAAGGCAUAGUAAACAUCAAACACCGGUAUUGGAGAAACAAGCCCGGCGUGAAGAAGAUAAACAGGCAAGUACUUCUAUCUCGAUUAACACCAAUACCUCCGGCUCCUCUAUGCUAGGUGGUCGCAUCGUGCCUGUCGCAACAUGGUACGACCAGGUGUGUCGUUACCCGUGUCAGCACUUAAUGAACUUCUGGCACAUCAUGUUCGGAGGAACCGUGCGACAGCGUAAGCGCUACUUGGAUCCAUCAUUGCCUCUCUUUGCCCAAAUGCAAGGCAUCGACAUGAAGGGGUACCAAGAAUACAUAGCAGAAAUGCACAACUAGGGGAAGAGGAUUUUCGAAGUAACUAGACUUGUCAUCGCUAUUGUCAAAGCCAAAAGGAAGAAAUUGCUUUUCUUCGGAAAGUCAGAAGAUUUUUAUCAGUGCCAAGGGCUGAGAAAAAUUGCUAUUGUCAACAGAACGAGAUGCCAACAGGCACGUUGAGUAAUUGCUAUUGUCAACAACAGAAGGAGCUCUGCAUCUGAGCUUCAAUACUAGUGGGAGAAAAAUUGCUACUGUCAACAUGAGAAUAUUAGAGUGCGCGCCAACGCCUCAAAAACUCUUUUUUCCUAUUACUGUCAACAGGAUUAAGAGCAAUUAACGCCAUUUGUCGCUGAUAAAAA